AUGGAGCCAGAGAUUGGUAGUGGUACAUCUGAUGAAAGCGAAACUCAACAAAACAUGUCCGAUGAAAAUAACAGUCCCGAACAGAAAGUGGUCCGAGAACGGAAACCAUUGGUAGGAAUACCAUUGGAAUCGAAUACGCGUUUGAAGAUCGCUGUCAAGAAGCUACAUGUCUGUGGUGAAUGGAAGUGGCUGCAGGGAGGAGAGGAUACGUGUGGAAUUUGUCGAAUGGAGUUCGAAUCAGCAUGCAAUAUGUGCAAAUUCCCAGGAGAUGAUUGCCCGCUCGUUGUUGGAACCUGUAGACAUGCGUUUCAUCGUCAUUGCAUUGAAAAAUGGAUUGCUGCUCCAUCAAAUCAACCAAGAGCUCAAUGCCCGCUCUGUCGGCAAGACUGGCAAAUUGCUGAUUAA